AUGCGGAGCCGCGAAGAAGUGGAGGCCACGCUGCACGUCGCUAAAGUGAACCCGGAGGAGCUGCUUCCCGUCGUGCAGUGCCUCAGCUUUAGCGCCCAGGCAGACGCCGCGGAGUGUUGCCUUCUACAGUUGGAGCCGGACCUUUGCGCCGAGUUGGAGGCGGGGCGAAGCCUGGUGAUCCGUGGAGACAGAGAUGAACAUGCUGUGCUAUGCAGUACAGAUAAGACCUAUGACAUGAAAAUAGCAGAUACCUCUAAUACGUUGCUUUUCAUACCUGGCUGUGAAACUCCGGAACAGUUUAGUGUAGACAAGCCUACUUCUAACAUCCUUCACACCCAGAUUGCAGGUUUUUCCAAUAAUUUCUGGGAACUAAGAAGAUGUCGGCCUAAAUUAAAGAAACUCAGGAAACUUCUAAUGGAAAACCCUUAUGAAGGUCCGGACAGUGAGAAAGAGAGAGCUUCGACUAAAUCAAAGUAUACAACAGAAGACUUACUAGAUCAGGUCCAAGCCAGUGAGGAAGAAAUAAUGCAUCAACUGGAGGUUCUAAAAGCAUGUCAAGUUAAAGGAUAUUGGAGGAUUUUAGACUUUGAUUAUGAAAUGAAAUUGUUGAACCAUGUAACUCAGCUGAUAUAUACAGAGUCCUGGCCAUUCAGCAAGGUUCCUUUAAGUACCUGUCUUCAAGAGCUUGGACCCCUAGAACCUAAGGAAAUGAUAGAACACAUUCUUGUGAGUUAUGGACGGAAAUGCAUAGACGAAGGCGCAACUUACUUUGAAAUGAAUGAAGAGAAGAUAUGCAGAGGAAUAGCCCAAAUGCUCUUACAAAACUCAAUUAAAUUCAGCCUCUCAGAAUUCCAAGAGGUUUGGCAGCAAAGUGUCCCUGAAGGAAUGACAACUAGACAGGACCAGUUAAAGGGUUUGGCUCUUGUGGAUCAUUCCUCCAGACCAGAGACCAUCUUCUUGCUAAACGUUGAAGACUUACCGGAAGAUAACCAGGAAAGAUUUAACAGCUUGUUCAGCACUAGGGAGAAAUGGACAGAAGCCGAAAUAGCUCCGUAUAUACAGGACUUAUGUUCAGAGAAGCAAACAAUUGGUACGCUGCUGACAAAAUACGCUCGUUCUUCAAUGCAGAAUGGACUCAAAGUUUAUAAUUCUAGAAGACCCAUUUCAUAGGAAGCAACACUGACUAAGAGGAGAAGAUACCUUACAGACUGGCUACUGGUGGCUCAAAUUUGGGAAGGGGGAUGUUGAGAUUUAUCAGCAAUUUUUGUCACUAUUUAAAAUCUCAAAUAUCUUCUAUUAAGUAUGGAACAAUAUUAGAAUGUAUUGAAAUUCUUGAAUAGAAUUUUGCAGAUAAAACUGAUUUGUCUGGGAAAGUUCGAAAUGGACAAAUACUUUCUUCAA